AUGGCAUGGUUAGCCAGAUCUAUUGGGAACUUUCUGAAGACCCAUGAGGAUGAAGACGAGGAAAAGCAAACGAAAACUGUCGUUGAAGGAAGUGGUGUUGGAGAAAGAGAUGAUGAAGAAUUCAAUAAGGAUGAAGUUCUUCAAGGUACUCAAGAACAGCAAAAAGUAAACGCUAAUAACUGGAGAGCAAAUAUAGCGGCAACCAUGUGGACAGGUGCUAUGGGAUAG